GGCUCCACAGCUGCACAGUUGUCAACUUAUGGUCAUUUUUUUGUUUAUUUGCAUUCCCUUCUUCUCACCCGCUGCCACCGGCAGCACCACCACCAUCACUUCGCAGGCAAACGAGCCCUCCUGACCGACAUUAUCUUCAUCCAGGCUCCGCUGGAAAGGACGGAUGCGACCAUGGGGGAGAGUUUCCUCGCAUCCGAAGUGACUGUGUAAGUUUAGAGGGAAGCCGUUACGUGUGUCUCCCUCUUUACUUUCACCGACCCCCUCCUCCUCCUCCGCUGGCAGAAAUUUAUAAAGAACAAAAAAAUCCGACGAGGGAGGGAGGAGGGGGGUUGAUAUACGCCGAGGCUGAAAUCGAGAGGCGAACCCAAGGAAAGAGGAGUAAUUCGCACACGGGACUUUCCCCCUCUUAAUCCCCCAAAAGGAGGGGGAAAAGUCGCAAUAUUGGAAACGAAAAGGAAUGCGCUCCUAAAGGCGUGAAAACGUCUGCAGUUGUGGAUACUUUAUAUAUUUUUAUUUCGAAAAAAUAUGGCCGAGAACGUUCUGGACUCUGGCCCGCCUUCAGCCAAGAGGCCUAAACUCUCAUCUCCGGCACUUUCCGCCUCCGCCAGCGAUGGAAAUGAUUUUGGUUCACUAUUUGACUUGGAACAUGAUCUCCCGGAUGAGCUCAUCAACGAACCCGGCCUGGUCAAUGGUGGGGACCUUAAUCAGUUGCACACGACUCUGGGAGGAGGACCUGCAGCGAUGGGUCCUGGAGGAGGCAGUGCAGGGACAGGAGGCAUGGGUCUUGGACUUGGCCUUGGAGGAGUUCCUGUGGGUGUUGGCGGGGGUCAGGAUGCUGUGGCCAAACACAAGCAGCUGUCGGAGUUAUUACGUUCAGGAGCUCCCACCUCGGGUCAACAAGGGCACCAAGGAACCAUGGGCAGCCCAGGAGCCCCUGGUGCCAUGGGGCAACACUUGACAAACAUGAAGGCAUCACCUGGGCAGGGGCCUCAGCCAAUCAUAGGCCAGGGUCAGCAGCACCUGUCUCCUCAGCAGCAGGCUAGCAUGUUGCAGCAACAAAAUGCUACAGCUGGAAUGAUUGCUGGCAUGAACAGAUCCAUGAUGGGAGCUCAGCAGAAAGGCAGUAAUGGACAGCAGCAGCCUGGCAUAAUUGGGACUCAGAUGAAUGGCUCUCCCAGAAUGGGCUUUGGGAAUCAAGGGAUGGGUGGAAAUGGCAACAUGUUGGCUGAGACCUUACAGCAGCCGGGUGUGGGCCAGGUUGGGAUGAGAGGUCAGCAACCUGGAGCAAUCAACAAGAUGGGGAUGAUGGGGGAUCCAGGAGGUCAGUUUGGAGGUCCAUAUGCAGGGCAGGGGAAUCAAGGUCUGGGCGGCACAGGGCUGGGCCCUCAGCUCCAGAACAAAGGACCCAUGACCAACAGUCUGGCCCAUUUUAGUGUAGACAAGAAAAACACGCCCAUGCAAGGGAUAAAUGCCAUGGGGUCUCCACAGUCACACACUGGUGUGGGUGGUCCUCCUGGAGCACCUGUGGGGGCCGGUCCAGGGAUGUUGCCGAACACACAGGCAGGCCUUGUGGGUCCUGGUGCCCAGGUUGCUGCAGCGUCCGCUGCAGCUGGUGCACCACCCACAGCUGACCCUGAAAAACGGAAACUUAUCCAGCAGCAACUGGUGCUCCUGCUUCACGCACACAAGUGCCAGCGGAGAGAGCAGGCCAACGGUGAAGUCCGACAGUGCAACCUGCCACACUGUCGCACCAUGAAGAACGUCCUGAAUCACAUGACUCACUGCCAGGCCGGCAAAUCUUGUCAAGUUGCUCACUGCGCAUCAUCAAGGCAGAUCAUUUCCCAUUGGAAGAACUGUACACGACAUGACUGUCCUGUCUGCCUGCCGCUGAAGAACGCCGGGGACAAGAGGAACCCGCAGUGUGAGUCUUUGCUUGGUGGGGCCAGUUCUAGUCUAGGCAGCUCUCUAGGAGGAGUACCUGGUGGUCAACCAAGUGCUGCCAACCUCAACCCACCAAGCCAGAUCGACCCAAGCUCCAUAGAAAGAGCCUAUGCAGCCCUGGGCCUCACUUACCAGGGCAACCAGAUCCAGACUCCACCUGCCCAGCCCAAUAUGCCUAACCAAGGCCUGCAAGGUCAGGCUGGAAUAAGGCCUAUGAAUCCAAUGAGUGCAAAUCCAGUGGGCCUUAAUGGAGGUGUGGGAGCUCCAUCUCAGAACCAACAAGCCAGCCUGUUGCAGGAUACCAUGAUGCACCUGAAUGUGAACAACCAAGGUCUGAUGAAUGAUUCUAGUGGGGUCGGCUCCAUGCCCACAGCAGCCCCUCCCUCUGCCACAGGCAUGAGGAAAAACUGGCACGAGGAUAUCACACAAGACCUACGAAACCACUUGGUACACAAACUUGUUCAGGCCAUCUUUCCAACCCCAGAUCCCGCUGCCCUCAAGGACCGUCGCAUGGAGAACCUGGUGGCCUAUGCCAGAAAAGUUGAGGGAGACAUGUAUGAGUCAGCCAACAGUAGAGCUGAAUACUAUCACCUGCUGGCAGAGAAGAUCUAUAAGAUCCAGAAGGAGCUGGAGGAAAAGAGGAGGACCCGCCUUCAGAAGCAGGGAAUAGGACUGGGACCUGCUGGCAUGGGUCAGCCCCCAUCUGGGCUCCCUCCAAAUGGUUCCCUUCCUGAACCAUUAAUGGUUCGACCUGCUGUACCAAAUCAGAUGGUCAAUAGGAUGCAAGGGCCAGGUAUGAAUCAGUUUAAUCAGAUGGGAAUGCCAGGUAUGGGACAACGAUCCACCCCUCCUCUCCCCAUGGGAGCGUCCCCCAAUCAGAUUGGAAUGGUCGGAACCAGAAUAGGGCAACCCAGUGUUAACCAGCUGCAGAACCAGUAUUUGUCCCAGGGACAGUUUCCUGGCUCAGGACCAGGUGUUGGAGCAGCUCAGCCUGGGAUGAACCAGCCUGGAUCACAAGCAGGAAUGACACAGACACCAAUGGGAACUCCUCCCUCUCUUCCAGUCGCUAGCCCUCUAGCGCAACCUGGUUCAGUCAGUGGUGUCUCCACCGUGGGGCCAAUGGGCCCUCAGAGUGUGGGUGGUGGUUCCAACUCAUCUGUUGGAGCCCCACCCUCCUCAAUGACUCCAUCUAACACAAACCAACAGCCCAACUCCAUUCCUCAUUUGGGAGCCAUGCGGGUCAGCUCGCCGUCUCCUGCACACAGUCGAUCCCCAACCCCUCACCAAACGCCACCCAGACUAGCUGGAUCCCAGACCCCACAGCCACACACCCCUAAUGCACCACAGCUGGCACCACCACCAGCUCCCCAGCAGAAUCAGUUUGGCCAGGGCCCUGGAUCAAACAAGCCUCUCCAGCAGCACAUAGGUCCACCUGGUUCAACCACUCCAUCUCACCCUGGCCUGACCUCCAGUGCCACACCACAUGGUCCUCAGCUCCCACGCACUCCGUUGUCACAGAAGGGUUCACUCCCAGCAGAGAAUCAAGCUCUGACUCCAGCCUCUGUCAGCAGCCUAGACACAUCCUCCCAGCAACCCCAGUCAGACACCUCUGCCACCAACCUUGAUCUCAAAAUGGAAGUGAAGCAGCAGGAUGACGAGGAAGAGAGUGAUGCUGGUAGCUGCUCUAAAGGAGGGAAGCUUAGCAACAUUAAAAUUGAGGAAAAGCCUGUAAAAAUAGAACAGUGUUCUGGAGAAGGAGGUAAAGGAGUUCCCAUGGAUACAGCAACAACAACAACUCCAAUGAUGGGCAUCAAGACAGAAGACAGGAAGCCUGAGGUAAAAGAAGAGGAGACGUCAGCAGUAACUCAGUCACCAGCAAAAAAGAAGAUCUUUAAACCAGAGGAGCUUCGUCAGGCCCUGAUGCCCACUCUCGAAUCACUCUAUAGACAAGAUCCAGAGUCUCUGCCCUUCAGAAUGCCUGUGGACCCACAACUGUUGUGCAUACCUGACUACUUUGACAUUGUGAAGAAUCCCAUGGAUUUAUCAACUAUCAAGCGAAAGCUAGACACAGGUCAGUACCAGGAUCCGUGGCAGUAUGUGGAAGAUAUUUGGUUGAUGUUCAACAACGCCUGGCUAUACAAUCGCAAAACAUCCCGAGUCUACAAAUACUGCUCCAAGCUGGCCGAGGUUUUUGAGCAGGAAAUUGAUCCUGUCAUGCAGAGCCUUGGCUACUGUUGCGGGAGGAAGCUGGAGUUCUCUCCACAGACACUGUGCUGCUAUGGGAAGCAGCUGUGCACUAUUCCACGUGAUGCUGCUUAUUUCAGCUACCAGAACAGUUCACCAAAAUUUGGGCUUCUCGCUAACAGGUACCACUUCUGUGAGAAGUGCUUCAACGAGAUCCAGGGGGAUACCGUUUCCCUGGGUGACGACCCCACGCAGCCACAGACAUCUAUUAACAAGGAUCAGUUUGAGAAGAAGAAGAAUGACACACUGGAUCCUGAAUUGUUUGUUGAAUGUAUGGACUGUGGGCGGAGGAUGCAUCAGAUUUGUGUCUUGCACAAUGAGACAAUUUGGCCAUUAGGUUUUGUAUGUGAUGGCUGCUUAAAGAAGACAAAUAAGACAAGAAAAGAGAACAAGUAUUCUGCUAAAAGGUUGCCCCAGACAAAGUUGGGCUAUUUCCUGGAGACAAGGGUGAAUGACUUCUUGAAGCGUCAGAACAACUCAGAGGCGGGGGAAGUCUUCAUUCGUGUCGUCCAUGUUUCUGACAAAGUAGUGGAGGUUAAACCAGGCAUGAAGUCCAGAUUUGUGGACAGCGGAGAGAUGUCCGAGUCCUUCCCAUAUAGAACAAAAGCCCUUUUUGCAUUUGAGGACAUUGAUGGAGCAGACGUCUGCUUCUUUGGCAUGCAUGUUCAAGAGUAUGGAUCUGACUGCCCACAACCCAAUCAGAGGCGAGUUUACAUCUCUUACCUAGACAGUGUACACUUCUUCCGGCCUCGCAGUCUAAGAACAGCAGUUUACCAUGAAAUUCUUAUCGGCUACUUGGAAUAUGUCAAGAAAUUGGGCUACACCACUGGCCACAUCUGGGCCUGUCCACCAAGUGAGGGGGAUGACUACAUCUUCCACUGUCAUCCUGCAGAUCAGAAGAUUCCAAAACCCAAACGUCUGCAGGAGUGGUACAAGAAGAUGUUAGACAAAGCUGUGGCAGAGCGGAUUGUGCAUGACUACAAGGAUAUCUUCAAGCAAGCAACAGAGGAUCGUUUGACUAGCGCCAAGGAGUUGCCUUACUUUGAGGGUGAUUUUUGGCCUAAUGUCCUGGAAGAGAGCAUCAAAGAACUGGAGCAAGAGGAGGAGGAGAGGAAAAGGGAGGAAAACAGCACUUCUAAUGAGAGUAUUGAUGACACAAAAGGUGACAGUAAAAAUGCAAAGAAGAAGAACAACAAAAAGACAAGUAAGAACAAGAGCAGCCUGAGCCGAGCCAAUAAAAAGAAGCCAGGAAUGCCCAACGUCUCCAAUGAUCUGUCGCAGAAGCUCUAUGCUACUAUGGAAAAACACAAAGAGGUUUUCUUUGUCAUCCGCUUGAUAGCAGCUCCUAUGGCAAAUGCCUUACCCCCUAUUGUAGACCCAGAUCCCCUGAUGGCGUGUGAUCUCAUGGAUGGCCGUGAUGCUUUCCUGACACUGGCCCGGGACAAACACCUGGAGUUCAGCUCGCUGAGGAGGUCAAAGUGGAGCUCCACGUGCAUGUUGGUGGAGCUACAUAACCAAAGCCAGGACCGCUUUGUCUACACUUGUAAUGAGUGUAAACACCAUGUGGAAACUCGCUUCCACUGUACUGUUUGUGAGGAUUACGACCUGUGCAUCACAUGUUACAACUCUAAGGGCCAUGAGCACAAGAUGGAGAAGUUGGGUCUUGGCUUGGAUGAUGAGAGUAGCAAUCAGGCUUCUGCCACCACCCAGAGCCCCGGAGACUCCCGCCGUCUCAGCAUACAGCGUUGCAUCCAGUCCCUCGUCCAUGCCUGCCAGUGUCGAAAUGCAAACUGCUCCCUGCCGUCCUGCCAGAAGAUGAAACGCGUUGUUCAACACACGAAAGGCUGCAAGAGGAAAACAAAUGGUGGCUGCCCUAUCUGCAAGCAGCUUAUUGCGUUGUGUUGCUAUCAUGCAAAGCAUUGUCAAGAGAAUAAAUGUCCGGUCCCUUUCUGCCUAAACAUCAAGCACAAACUCCGUCAGCAGCAGCUCCAGCACAGGCUCCAGCAAGCUCAGAUGCUGAGGAGGAGGAUGGCCAGCAUGCAGAGAGUGGGACAGCCCACUGCAGGAGGAGCCCCAGGGGGCAACGGCCUGCCCUCUCCAGGAGCCAGCAAUGGAGCAACUGGUCCUGGCACACCUCAAUCAGGGCUGGGCACGCAGCCUCCAACACCACAGACACCUACCCAAGGAAAUGUAUCUGCACUUCCUCAGCAGCAAGGAGUUGGGAUGGGUGGAAUGGUAGGAAUGGGAACCCAAAGCCAACAGCAGCAGGUUCAACAGCCAGGUGGUACCAUACCUCCUCAGCACCACAUCCACCAGUUUCAGCCAGUGAUUGGAGGCGGUGGAGGGGGGAUGAUGAACUCUGCCCAGCAGAUGCCUCCACUUCAGCAGCAGCCCCCCAACAUCCAGCAACUCCAGCAGCACCCUGGUGGUUUGCCUCCCUACAACCCCAGACCUGGGGCACCUCCUCUCCCCCAGUCCAUGGGCAAACCUGGUCUGGGGCCAGUCGCCCCAACUCAAUUACAACAACCACCCAAUCAAGGUCAGGGAUCCAUGCCUGUCCAAGGACAACAGCAAGGGCCACCUCUUGCUGCUGUAGAGACAGCCCUAAAAAUCCAGCGCCUUGCAGAGACCCAGAGACAGAUGGCCCAGGCCCAAGCCCAGAUCCGUGGCUUGGGGCAGGGGGGAAUUAUACCUCCACAUUCUCACCACCAAAAUGCCCAGGCCCAAAUGGGCAUGCCCCACAUUGGGGCUCAGGGUAUGCCCCCCCAGGCUCAGGGAGUUGUUGGCAGGACUAUGGUAGACCCACAGCAACAAGGAAUGCUUGCAGGGAUGCAGCAAAGUGGCCCUCAGUCACAGUUGCCACCUCAAGUCCAGCAGGCAGGUGGUGGACAGCUGCAAGCAGCAACCCAGCAGUGGGGUGCUGCAGGACCAGCCAUGAACCCUCAACAAAGACCAGGCAUGAUGGGUCACAUGACACCGCAGCAGCCGCCAGCCAUUGCCCAGCAACAGCAGAUGAAUCAGCAGCAGGCAGGAAAUCGUGGGAUGAUGCAGGUUAUGGGUGCAGCAAACCUAUCCCAGGGAGCACUACAAGACCUGCUGCGAACCCUGCGCUCCCCAAGCUCACCUCUUCAGCAGCAGCAAGUUCUGAACAUCCUUCGAACCAACCCAACUCUCAUGGCUGCUUUUAUCAGGCAAAGAGCAGCCAGGUAUCAAGGUGGUCAGGGCGGUCCUGGGGGUGCUGUAGGCCCUCCACAAGGGGGCCCUGGAGGUUUAAGGUUCCAGGCUGCUGGAGGGCUUCCUGGUGUUGGGGGUCCAGGGGCUGCUCAGCUCCCUAACAUGGAUGGACAACAGCCGGUUAAUGUGAACCAGGCAGGUCAGCCAGGGAUGAACUUGGCUCAGGGUGGAGCAGGUGGAGGGAACAUGCCCCUCAUGGCCCAGCUUCAACAGCAACAACAGCAGCGCCCGAUGUUGCCUGGGAAUCUACAGCAAAUGGCUGCAUUGCAGCAACAACCACAACAAGGAGCAAUGCAAACAGGACAACAAGUCAACAUGAAUCCUCAGCUUAGAGAGAUAAUGAGAAGACAGCUGCUGCAGCAGCAGCAGCAGCAGCAACAACAACCGCAACAGCAGCAGAUGGGAGGCCAUGGGUCAUUCCCCCAGCAGCAAGGCCAGCAAGGUUUUAUGCAGCCUGGUCAGGGACAACCAGGUAUACCCCCCUCUUCACAAGCCCAGCCUGGAGGGGGAGGUGUGGUUGCUCCUCCUCAAGGAGGACCACAGACGGGGCCCGGACAGCUAGGCCAGCAACAAGGCUACACUAACUCCAUGUCGGUAACUGCAGCGCUCCAGCAAAGGCUCCAGCAUCACAUGCAAAUGCAGCAGCAGCAGCAGCAAAAUUCUAUAGGUGGGCUUCAAGGUCAAGAUGUGGGGCCCAGUGGAGGACCAGGAGGACCUCUGAUCCAGCCUGGACAAGGAGGACCAGGGCAGGGACAACAACAGCAAGCUGUAGUUGGUGGAGGGAAUAACGGGCCGCCACUGCCACAGACGACCCAAAGCAUGCUUCACCAGAACAUCCACUCGAGACUCCUGCAACAACAGCACCUUGGAGGCUCUCCAGCCCAGCACAGCAGUCCCAUGAGUCCCCAGCAGCAGCUGGCUCAGUCCCCCCACCAUCUGCAAGGACAAGGAGGACUUGGUCCUGCAGGUUCGCUCAGCAGUCAGGUCAGGUCUCCCCAGCCGUCGCCAAGACCACAAUCACAGCCCCCGCACUCCAGCCCAUCUCCACGCAUGCAGCCCUCCUCACAGCCCCAGCCCUCACCUCAUCGCAUCUCCCCACAGACCCAGACUGGUUCGCCACACCCGGGUCACUUAAGCCAACAUCACCCCAGCAUGGCACCACCCCAACAGCAGACAAUGUCCCAGCAGCAGCCAGGUGGUUCUGUAGAUCCCAGUCAGUUCAGCUCAGACCAGAAUUCCAUUAUGUCUCAGUUAAGUGGGAUGACGGGGAUGCACGGUGGACAGGGGGGGCAGGCGGACAUGAUGGGUGGGAAUAAUAACAGCGGCAACAACAACAAUAAUAACAACAACAACAACCAGGAACUGGGAACGAAUGGUUUAGAGCUUAUUUAGCCUAGACUGUGCAGGUUUUCUGUCUUGAUGCUUUGAAUCGCCCCUAAUGGUCAACUGCCAUGAAAGGAAAGCGAGGCAGGACGGCAGCUUUGGGGUUUUAGAAGUUUUUAUUUUUUAUUUAAGUAUUUUUGUGAUGUAUAAAUAAGAACUGAACCUUCCUUCCUAUGGGAGAUGGAAUAUAAUUCUUAGAAGUCAUAAAUAAAUUAAUUAAAACAAUGAUAAGUUAUUGCUGUUAAUAUAUAUCUAUAUAUUUUUGCCAAUUCUGUACAAAAAAGGUGGAAGGGCAGUGUUUCAGGUUGAAGAUAUUUCUUCCUUAAGUCUAUGACACAAUAUUUUUGGGGACUGAGAAUUUUGCCUUUUUAUGAAUAUUUUUAGAAUUUUAAAUGUGGCUAAAAUUUGUGUGUUGAUACGAUGUACUUUUUUAUUGUUUUGGUUUCUUCCUCAACUACCCAGUCAUGAUUGUAUGUAUUCUGCAAAGAAUUAAUCUUUCCUCCCUCAGUGGAUUGUUAAAAACAAGCAUCAACAUAUCUUCCAUUACAGGAGACUUCUGGACAGCUGGAGUUUUCACGGGUCUCCUCUCAUCCCUCCCUCCCUCCCCAUUUGUGGGUUUGAAUAUCUCCUUAACAGUGUUGUAGGACACGGGUACCACAGGCUCUGGGGUUCGGUUGUAUUUUAUCCACUCUCUUUCAGUUUUCUUAUGAAUGUGCACCUCAUUCUGCUCCUGAUCCCCCCCACUCCCAUAUAACGGUGGACUGAACAGUUGAUGCCUCAUUGUUGUUCUGAAAGCAUAUUGUGCUGUUUCUUGCUGGCUGACGUUCUAAAAUAGCUUGUUUAAAUAAUUUUGUUCCUGAACUGUGACAUGAAGGAAGAGGUUGAUAAAGUUGCUUUUGGGCCGCAGAGGUUUUAAGAAAAAAUCCUGCCUGUUUCUUUACCUGUAACGGUUGCCCUUUGAGCAGUCUUUGCAUUUCCCCUUAUAUGCCUCAUGUUCAAGACUGCUUCUCAGACACAAGGUUUAAUUCUGUGUUAGUACUGUACAAAGUGAUAAAUGAUGAACUUCUAUACCAAUUUUGUAAUGAAAGUGAAAUGUGUAAAAAACUGAACUGUACAUAGCUCUAAGCAGAAAAAAGGAAUCUGCUGCUUUGUUUCCCCUUUUGUUUGAUUGGAUAUUAGCUGUAUCUGUAAAAAUAAAGACACACAACUACAGAAGUACUCCUGACAUACUGUACAGUACUGAGAUUAUUUCUGAAAGGUACAGUGUGGGGUGUAGUAGGUCACAAGCACCAAUGCGCCUUUUUCAGUGAAUGGCAUGGUUUCAGGGAGGAAGUCGCACGACUGAACAAUCACAAAACACGAAACGUGUAUGAAUUUCGAGCUGAGUCAGCGGGUGACUACAGGUGUAAUUUAAAAGACGGGAAAUGGGUUGUUUAGCUUUUUCUGGAGAGGACUGAAGACAAUAUUCACACGCUCACUUUCUUUCUCUGAGGUUUGGCUUGCUGGGUAUGGGGAGGGAACGCAUCAGAACCAGGUGGCAAUAUAUCUUGAGACUUAUUUUAUAAGAAAAACAAGGAAAAACUGUCUUUUAUAUAUAGAUAUAUUAUUUAAUUUUAUUUUUUGGAAAUAAAACUUGAAGCUUCAGGAAUUAUUAGAUAAAACAUGUUUUGUUUUGUAUUAAAGAUGUUAUGGUGAUGCAAAAAGACACUGCAGACGGUCAGUUUGCCCUGGGGAAGCCGAGGAGGAUAUUAUACCAUCCUUUUAAGAAAUGUUUCAUUUCCAUGAAUAUAGUUGUAAACAUACUGAAUCACUGUACAAACCGAUGGCAACUGAACAAAAGGUUUUGUUUUUAUAAUUUCUUAAAAAGAGACUGGAAAUACAACUAUUUAAAUAAUUCUCGACUACUUUUUCGUUCCUCUUGUUAACACUUUUUGGUGCUUGCUGAGAGAAGGCAAAAUUAACUGUUGCUCCAAUUUCAUUAGUUUCUUUUUUAAGUUAUUUUGGUGGUCUGAUUGUUUUUUUGCCAAUAAAUUUAUUGUACAAUAAAGUAUGUUUGUACCUAUGGAAAAAUA